GCAAACAAGAGAGCAGACUCUUGAGAUGUUUAACUUGCCACCCUUUGUGAACAUUCUUGUGCGCUCCCCCACUUCACUUCAAAAACUGCACCUCUUCUGAGAGUUUCAUCUUUUGCACGCUUUAUCGUUUACAGUUUUCCCUAAGCCUGCAUUGUUGUUUUUUUCCCUGUUUAAAAUGAAUCGGUCCUGUUUGGUUUGUCUGGUUCUUGUCUCACUGGUUGGGCACUGUCCAGUGAUUUACAGCAGCCCGGUGAUCAGGACUACAGAUAUGGGCUCGCAAGUUGAAGUGGACUGUCCUGCCAGCUGUGCGUUAGCUUUUCCUAACGGUACAUCGACCAUUAAGGACAUUGUGGAUCAGGACGGGCGAAACAUGAGUACAAGAGAGCUGAAUCCUAAAUUUUUUGAAGCCACACGGGCAGGCCAUGCCAUCCAGCACUACAUCAACACGGUCCGCGGCUCACCAUUCAGGAUGUACAUGGUGACUCAAGUCCAAAAGGCAAGGACGGAGGACAUGGGGGAAUCAGGGAUGAAGUACAUCCUUGAAAUCUCUGUGAAGGAAUCAGUCAGUGAGAGUUCAGAGAGCCGCUGCUCGGCGGAGGUGCUUUACCCUAGAGGAGAGACCCAGCAUCCACCUCAAGUCCAGUACUCCUGUGAUGAGCUACCUGAAUUCGACACAUCUGAAAAGGAGCAGGCCUUCUACCAGAAAUACAGUGACAUGAGUAAUGCUGUGGCUGCAAACUACAUACCAGACAGCCAUGGUAACAUGGAGCCCGAAAUGGUGCCGUUCUGGCACUUAGGAUGGUUGGCUGCCAGCUUUGUCAUGCUUAGGGAGUCCAAUGAAAACACAAAGUACAACAUGGCCCAAGUGUCCAAGAUCAAACAGCUGGAGAAUGAAGGUGACCAGCUAAAAUUUGAGUAUGAAGUUCUCCUUCAUGAAUUCAUUUCCCAGGAGAUUAUUCGUUGGAAGCUGUUAAUCACCUGGUCUCCAGAAAAGAGUGUACAAGUGGUAGAAACUGAACUGCUGCCACGAUGCCGCUGCAACUGAAAACCCCUCGAGCUUUGAUUGAUGCGUUUUUCUCCCAAUCACAAUUUAUAAUCGGUAUCCACUUAUACAGUCAUUUGCUUCUUGGAAUGGUUGCCACAUUUUAUAUACGGCUAUAACUGUAUUGAAGCUUUCAGUAAAUAAACGAGCAGCUACUGUACAACAAA